CAAAACAAAAAACUGCACCGAUUAAUAAUACAAAUAAAAAAGCGUACAGCAGACUCUUUAAAUCCACCGUCAUGUCGUUGUCUACCAAUGCACAUAUUUCAAACAGUCAAGGAACUCAUAACGUCAACAGUAAUGUAUUACCAUUGAACAUGGGGCGCGCGUAUAGUACUAAUAAUUUUUCCAAAAGAAAACAAAAUCGAAGUAUAAGGCGUUCGACAUCAACAACGUCAUCUGCAUUAGCAUUGCUGGCAUUUUUAUUUUUUUUAAAUAUACUACAGAGAUCAUUGGAUGACAACAAACAAGGACCAGUGUUGAUGACGCGCAUAACAAAGCAGACAGUAAUACGACCGCGCAAUGAUUUCAUUGAAGACAAACCGUCAACUACUCGUGAUAAUAUUAUGGUUACAAAAUUUGAAAACAUUUAUAAUAAGUAGGUAGUUUAAAUAAAAAUUACAGUAAUAGAAUAACCUUGUGUAU